CGAUGACCGGCAAUCUGCUCAGCAGCUGGCAACGUCUGUGUGCUUCGGAACUGUUUUCCAUUACAAUAUUUUCGGACGUUUGAUUUCAAAAUUUGUCUUUAGGGCAUUCAGUUUACAGAACUUUUAAUUUGAAAUACCUUAUCUCAUUGUGAAUUUGAUCAAAAGAAAUUAAGCAUUCGAAGCGCGGCUCUUUGGUUCUAAGUCGCUCUUGUCUGGGAGGACCUGUUUGGUACUCGUUGUGUUUGGAGGAGUGAGUAAAGGAGCUGAACCGUUGCAGACUCUUCCUGGGGUAAAGUUCCGAUUGUCUCAUCUUCCCAGGCGAUGGGUUUCCUUGUACGUGAGCCAAGAUGAGUAAUUAUUGAUGUUUUAAUGUACAGUUGCUGAGAAACACAAUAAUAGUCUGUGAAGAUGCCGGAUAAAGAUAAUUUAUUUAACAGUGGUAAUGACGAGGCUGGCCACAGCUCAGAUGAUAUUUGCCGUGACUUCCUGCGCAAUGUCUGCAAACGUGGCAAGCGCUGCAAGUUCUACCACCCCGACAUUAAUGAGGUGUCCGACUUGGGUGUUAAAAAAAAUGAGUUUGUCUUUUGCCAUGAUUAUCAGAACAAGGAGUGCACUCGUAUCAACUGCAAGUUUAUUCAUGGGACAAAGGAAGAUGAGGAACAUUACAAAAAAUCAGGAGAGCUUCCCCCACGUCUGCGCCUUACAGUGGCCAUGGGUCUUGGCCUUUCACCUUCUGACCUUUCUUUUAAAAAAGGUGAGGUUCCAAUCUGCCGAGAUUACCUGAAAGGGGACUGUCAAAGAGGAUCUAAAUGUAAAUUUCGGCACUUAAAACGUGAUGAAUAUGAGUAUGAAAACAGAACUUUAGAGAGAUUAGCACGAGACCAAGUGCUUUCUCCUGUAGUGCGGCGAUAUGACCCAUUUGAUGACCUCUAUGACACUGAUCGUUAUACUGACUAUGACCAUAUACUAAAGAGGAGAAGAGUGGAUGGCUUGCGAUUUGAAAGUUAUGAUUUUAGUAUCUCAAAUUCGCGUCCAGUGGACUAUAGAUUUCUAGAAGAGGAGAAUCUGAUGCUUCGAAAGCGUGUUGAAGAACUCAAAAAACAGAUCUCAAAUUUGAUGGCAACUAAUGAGGUGCUUUUGGAGCAAAAUGCACAUUUCCGCAACCAAACUAAGGUGGUGACGCUGACCUCCACUCCCACAGCGACAGAGCAAAUACUGGCAGCACCAACUGUGGCCACACUGACCAAUUACAACCAUGGUGUAGCACAGACUCACACCACUUUGAGCAGCCAAGCACUUCAACCACGACCUGUCACGCAGCAAGAUCUAGUGGCGACUGCUGCAGCUUCUGCUGCACCACCUACCAAUGCUGCACCAACAGCACAGCAUCUUAAUCCUGAAAUUGCUUCUCUCCCUGCGGCACUUGCCCAGACCAUUGCCCAGGGAAUGGCACCUCCAGUUUCCAUGGCCCCAGUGGCUGUCUCUGUUGCACCAGUGGCAGUAUCAAUUGCACAAGCACUGCCAGGAAUCACCAUAAGCCAUGCCACCACACCAAUGGUUACUUAUCCAAUUGCAUCACAGAGUAUGAGAAUAACAGCAAUUCCUCACUGAGAAGCCUUGAUAAAAAGAAAUGCAUAAGGACUUUAGAAGAGAUUCUGUGUUCCUAUGUUGCUUCCCAUGACGUGUGUUAUAUAAAUAUGCACGCCAAAGCCAAAUAGGAUUCUGACCCAGCAUUUAAUUUCUUUUUGUGUCUAUAAACUAUUCUUCUUCAAUUCAUUGUAUUUUCUGAACACUUGUUUAAUCCCCUCGUAAUUUUGUGCUCACCUCAUCAACUCCUUUAAAUCCAUUAUCCAACUUAAAAUGAGUGCAAGUGACACAAAAGCAUUUUUUUUAUAUAAAGGUUUUUGUGUUAGAACAAACAAAUCACUGGGCUGCGAUGCUGCGCAAAUAUUCAGAUCUACUUUUCUCCUUUGUCUCCCACGCUUAACUGUUUGCUUUCUUGACGCAAAACUGAAAUGUAGUAGCAUAUGAAAUCGUAAAUUUUUCUGGCAAUAACGAGCAAAAAGGAAUUAUUUUAAAACUUUUUUGUGGAUGUUGCUGGCGCUGAAUGCUGUAUUUUCCCAGAUAGUGGCCAUUGCACUUCAGAAAGUAGUGCUAUGUGUGAAACUUCUUGGGGUGUUUGAAGAUGAGGUGGCGCUAGCUAAAUACAAAUACUUUUUAAACUUUCUGAACCAUCCAGAUACUACGAUCUAAUCCUCACAAUAUGAGAAAAAAAUACAUUGCAUUACCAAAGUGUCCAAUUAACUUGUAUCUGUUCAAAUCCAUAAUAAUGAGAUUAAAAUCUUAGUUCUCUGUCAGCUACAAGAAUGAUAUGAGGUAAAGAAAUUUGAAUUCUUUUUCUGCUAAUGUCCUUGGGUUGGCAUUUUACUUGAGCUGGCUUAUUGGAAGAAAUGGGAAGCAGAUGGGGAAUACACAUAUUCAGGAAGGAUGUCCUUCUGAGCAAGAGGUCAACAAAACAUAGAUGGAAUGUGACUCUGCAUCUAGCCUGCAGCUGUUGUUGCCCUGGUGUCACUUCUCUUGAGCUGUGAAUUCACCAAAGCUGCAGCAAAGCACAUUUCUUGAUGGUGACGGUAAAUAAGGGAAAUGAGAAUAGGAUUGGAUAAAGAUAGUUGAGUAAAGUGGGUGAAAAAACAAGUGCCAAAAACGGUUCCUCUGCAUACAGCUUGGGUCAGCAAUGCAAGAUAUGCAAACCUUUUUCAAAUCCUUGUGUGAAAAUGCAUAUUCUAUUUAAUCCAGAUAUUGUAAUUUGUAUGCAAGUUCAAGAAAUGUACAAAUUGUUUGAGAACUUGUAUGGAACAUUUUAAAAGCUGAUAAUUUACAAUACAUCUAAGGCUGUCUUAUUUGGGGCCAGAAUGGAAGCAUUUGCACACUGCCUUUGAAAUUUGCUGAGCCAGGCUGUAACAGGUAGGGCACAUGCACAUUCAUGUUGAAAGUCUUUUCUCCUUUUCAAAAGCAAACUUGUGUCCAGCUCCAUUGGGAGCAGAGCUUGCCUUUCCUGGCUAGUUGGUUUCAAACUAGAUAAUAUCUUUAAAGGCAUUUUGAACACAGUGUAUCUUUUUUCUUAAACUGUGAUUACCUCCUGGAAAUCCAUAGAUUAGGAUAAAAUCUAUUGGGAUUUUGUGUUCAAUGUUCUGACCCACAUGACUAGAUGAUUCAUUUUCCUGAAACUUGCCAAAAUGAUCUUCCAAUUAGUUAACAGUGUGAAUGGCUUUUGUUUAUUCACUGUUAAAACCUCUUGUUGUAACCAUAGCAAUUCAAUUUCAUUGGUCCAGGUGCUUUUUAAAGGAGUAGCUGUGACAUUGAACCCAAAGGUUGGUUACAUUGUUGUUUAAUCAGCUAGUUAUUGGGGGCAUUUAACCUCAAUUGUUGCUUUUCUGUUAACCUUGUCUCCAAUUUGUAUAUAGUAGUUAUUUAGUCUUUUCAAAUAUGCACGUGAUGCUUGUCAGGUUCUUGUGAGGUCUAGAAAUUAGAACCAAUGAUCUAAUCUUGCACAAUUGAAAGAAGCUUAAAUGAUCAAAUGUGCUAUUUGCAAUGUUUCCAUUGUUAUUCUACUAGAUAUUUGUAAUAGCUCUUCAGCUGCUGUGCUAUAAUUUAUAUUAAGGCAGUAGAGGUGGGGAGGGAAUAUUCAUUUCUCUGGGCAACCUUCACCCACAACUCCGUAACUGCCAUUGUUAACUUCCAGGAUUCCCUUGACCGAAAUUAACACAAGUACAAUAUUGUCAAUAUGCUUGUAAAACAUUCAAGAGUCCUUCAAGCCAAGAGGCUGUCCCAGUUUAUUUGAUUUUAAGAGCUAUAUGGACUUGACAGUAUAGUAAACUAAAUAAAUACCACCAAGUCAUGGUAAUAGCCACAGUUAAAAUGGUGCAAAUGCUAGACAUUGCAUUAUUUUCAAAGAAUUUUCAAACUAGUCUGUGGAUUCAGUUAUAGGAUUAACAUAGAUGAGUGAAUAAAAGCAUUAUUCAAUGUGUCACGGAAUCCUGUUGGAUGUAAUGCGUUUGAAUAUGACAUAUUUGCAUAAAACGGGAAUUGUUAUACCAGUACUGACUAGGUCAGGAAAAAUUCAAAAGUUAAAAUCAUUUACUUAUAUUAACAGAGUUUUCUUAUUAUGCAUCAUAUUUAUAAAUUUGACUUUUUGGUUCCAAGCUUGUGUCUUCAAUUUAAAGUCUGUCAAAACUAAUGAUUUUUUAAAAUAUAAUCUGCUUAUGGAAAAACAUUUGAGCUACUAUUUUAUAUUGGCAAUUUUUUUGUCCUUCACAUAUGCUGGGUUGGGGCAGGUAUUAAUAACUGCUGAUAUUUUAUAAUUAUUAAAACUUUCCUUUGCAUGGGGUUCACCAAUAAUUUGGCAAAGGAUGAUGCAGUGAACAAAAAUGUGAUUUUUUUUACCCCCUAAAAAAUGAGCAUUACCAAGUAAGCUAAUUUGCUGCUCAAAGGACUUAUUUAGUCCUGUAUGUAAAGUGAGAGAAUUCUUUUGCUAAACGGUCAUUAUAAACAAUUAAGUUUUUAGUUAUGCUUACGGACAUUAAAGUGUCAUUUAAACCAGACACAGACAACUCUGGAAUGUAAAGACCAACGAUGCAAAUGUGUAAUUGAUAUGUAAUAUGAAGCAAAAUAUCCUCACGUGGCAAUGAAAACCCCAAACUUGCAUAGUAAUGUUGAAAACAAGUAUCAGCCAGAUGAAAGAAUAUCUUCCAAAAUCUACAGUGUAUGUCAUGUACACUCAACCUUUAAUUAUAUUAAUACUUCGUCUUUUAUAUGUUCUGCUCAUGAGCACUCUACUCCCUUAUAACAAUAUUUUUAACAAAGAUUUCUAAUCACUGUACUCAAAAUACCUGAGCCUAGAUAAAAGUGGUUAAUAUUACAGUAAAAAUUCAUGUGAGAUUUUCAAAUUAAUUUCAUGCUUUUUUCCACAUAUGCUUUGUUUUACAAAUUUCUGUAGAAGGUGUGGCGUACUGUAGCCUUGGUGAACUGUGCUAUAGCGUUGGCACCUGUAAUCCUUCAUCUAAUAAAUUGAUCUCAAAAGACCUCCUCACUAGUGUGAUCCUCACAGUAAAAAAAAACUGGGAUGGUCUGUGGGUAACCCAUUCACCUGCUUGAUCAGUGACCUCGGUCUUCAUUCACCACCUCCAUUCCCCUCCCACCGAUACUGCUUGACCCGCUGAGUUCCUCCAGAUUGUUUAUUGCUCCCAGUUCCAGCAUCUGCAGUCUCUAGUCUCCUCACUUUCCUCCUCCUGGCUGAACUUUUUCACAUUUUCCUCCAAAUAACAGGAGUUACCAGGGUUCUCACUGUGUCGGAUUUGUUUUAUCACCCAUUGAAUACUCCUCGAGUCAUGCUCUGCCCUGAUCUAUUUCGAGGAUUUUUUUCUGUUUCUGUCUAUGAUGGAGAAAUUAAUCAAUCAAUGAAUUUACCUUAACGUGUUGCUUGCUUUUUUGACACAGUCCAUCCUUGACACUUCCGUUCUCUCUCUAAGUAUCUGUAUCUCCAAUCUGGCUAAUGGUUGUCCAUUGAUUACUAUGAGCCCACUGACUCCCAUAGCUAACUAAAUUAUACUUCAUCCCACUGAGUCUUUCUUUUUAAGUUGUAUCCACCUUGAUGAUGCCACUCCUAUAUGCCAGAGCUUCUGAAAUGUCUUCCAGAUUCUUCAGCCAGAGGUUGCAUUCUGUUGUUAUAUACAUAAUUCUCCAAACCAAAUCCAUUCUAUUUCCUGCACUUGAUUCACUCAUCUCUCUCAGAUCUAUUACCAAGUUCACCUCACAUUUGACAGAUCAGUCUCUGCCACUUCCAACAUGAUCUCACAUUCUCCUCCAGGCCAACCCCAAACCCCAAAAAUAUUUUCACCUCUGCCCGCUGCAGUUCCGAAGGGACAAUUUCCUUUGUGACACCCUAAACCACAGCGCUACCUUCCCUCGAACCUGUUCAUAUUUCCAUUCAAGUGUAAGAAAUUUGAAACCUUCUGCUCUGCAGCCCACGGUUGUAAACAUAUUUUCCAGGUGAGACAGUUUGUCUUCCAAUGUAUACUCUUCUUCCUUUCACAAUGAUUGGGGGCAGAUGCAGAAUUCUUUUCAGUGUUGGAAAGACUUGGAUUGGGUGACCUCUUUGUUAAAUGCUUCUUUUAUGUCUGAUCCUGUGGGUUACAGUCAUUGUCUCAUUAAGCCUCCAUCUUACUCUUACUUCGGUCUUUAUGCACGUGGCCUCUUGCGUUGUUCCACUGAGCACAAUACAAGCUCGCGAAACAGCACACCGUCUUUCUACUCCAUACUUUAUAGCCCUUUUGCCUUAAAAUUUGUAUUUUAACUUCAAAACUAAACUACUGCUUUGAUUUUCUCUCAGACAGUACGUGCUGGUAAUUUAGGAUGGGUGUACUGGUACUUCCGAGAAUGAGGAUGGUUCUGACCAAGUGCUUGAAAAGGGAAUCCCCCUUUUAUGUACGUGACCAGUGGUGGUUUGCACCUGGGUUUCUCCCUGCCUUUUUCUUCCAUUACUGUUGUGAGCCACUGGAGCCUUUUCUACAUUGCCAGAUCUAUUCUUCUCUCCCUCUCUGCAAUUCUGCUUUUAUCUUUACUGCAUACCUGGGUCCUAGAAACAUCUUUUGUUUGUCUAAUUUCUUUCAUUGUUUUCUCUUAUUGUCUUGCACAUAUUUUGCCUUUCAAUCAGUCCCUAGCUUCCAGCUAAAUUAGUUUACAGUUUAUCUUCUUUGUGUGUGUAUGGACAUUUCUUUUUCUCCCCACUUUGUAUUCCCUGGCUCGGUUCCUGUUCAUGAGCUCUUGUUCUGUAAUGUCUUUCGAUUCUGAUGAAUGGUCAGAGACUUAAAUUAUUAACCCUACCUCCCUUUUUCCACAGAUGCUAUCUGACCUUAUGAGUAUUUCCAACAUUUUCUGUUUUUAUUUCAAGUUCCUGCUCUCAAGUGCCACGCUGAAACUAGAUAGCUCCUCAUAAGGAGACAAGUCAUCACAUUAAUGUUAUUCCAAAGCAUAUGCCCUUCUUAAUUCUAACGUCCAGUACUCAUUGUUCAUUUGUUCAAUUAUUUUCCAACCACUUCCAUAUAGUUUAUUUUUAAAUAUAAGAACCAAACCACAGACUAUUUUGAUAUUCUUAUACUUUGCUCUAUUUAAGAAUAUUAUUAAAAUGAACAACCAAUGCUGCAAACAGCAUCAUCCUAUAAAUUGAUAGGAUUAAUAUUAUGUACAUAUUGUACAUAUUGUUUGCUAUGCUGUGUUUGACAGGUUUUUUUUAAUGUGAUUACCUUUAGGAAAUUCUUCUAAACAGUAGGUUAAUGUUUCAAUUGAUACAGGUUUCCAGGACAGUAGAACUUAAUACAGUCCAAGUGAAUACUUUGUUUAAAAGGAAAUAAAA